CCGACGAAGCCGUGAAGCCCGUUGGGACGAACACUUUGCCACCUUGGCGCUCAACGGCGGCCAUGGCCGAACAAACGUGCAUGCACACUUGCACUGAUGGACACCGACGCAUUUUUUAGAAGAGAGAAGAAUCAACGGACCGAGUACUUAACCGUCUCCCUGACAAGCAGCUCCUCCCAAUCAGCCUCUCCUCCCCUCCGCACGUCCACCUCCGAAUCGCCCUGAAAGCUCGCGACGCCAAAAUGCCCAAACGAGACAAAGCUUCCCCACGCGCCUCCCCACCCAACACACCUCCGCCGGGGACGGGGAGCGAGGACGAGACGGGGGCGGCGGCGGAAAUGGGGUCGUACAAGUGCUGCAUCUUCUUCACGCGCAGGUUCGCGCUCGGGGACGCGUCCACACCGGAGGACGUGCGCGCGCUCUUCUCCCGCUGCGCCGCCGGUUCGCCCUACAUGGGCGCCGACGACCUCCGCCGCUACCUCGCCGCCACCGGAGGGGCCGACGGCGAGGACGCGGAGCAGAUCGUCGACCGGGUCCUGCAGGACCGCAGCCGCACCCCGCGAUUCGGGAGACCUGCGCUCACCGUCGACGACUUCAGACAUUUCCUCUUCUCCGAGGACCUCAACCCGCCCAUCCAGCACUCCCAGGUCCAUCAGGACAUGAACGCACCACUGUCGCAUUAUUUUAUAUACACUGGACACAACUCGUACCUGACAGGUAAUCAACUCAGCAGUGACUGCAGUGAUGUUCCCAUCAUAAAGGCACUGCAAAUAGGUGUUCGUGUAAUUGAAUUGGACAUAUGGCCAAAUUCUUCUAAGGAUGACAUUGAUAUUCUCCAUGGAAGGACACUGACUGCCCCAGUAUCACUUAUCAAAUGCUUGAGGUCCAUCAAAGAAUAUGCCUUUGUUGCGUCUCCCUAUCCUGUUAUUAUAACAUUAGAAGACCACCUUACAUAUGAUCUUCAGGCAAAAGUAGCUAAGAUGGUCCUUGAAGUAUUUGGAGACAUCCUAUAUUACCCUGAAUCAAAACAUCUUCAAGAAUUUCCUUCACCUGAAGCUCUAAAGGGGCGUGUCAUCCUCUCAACAAAGCCUCCGAAGGAGUACCUCGAAUCAAAGGGCAGUAAUAUGAAGGAGAGAGAAAUUGAGCCUCAGUUUAAGAAAGGAGAAAGUGAAGAAGCAGCGUGGGGAAUAGAAGUCCCAGAUAUUCAGGAUGAGAUGCAAGUUGCCGACAGGAAUGACGAUGAUAUAUUAUACCGUGAAAGAGGCGUGGAAGAUGAUUAUGAGCUGAAAAGGUGCCAGCAUGCAGCACCAGAGUAUAAACACCUCAUUACUAUCAAGGCAGGAAAGCCAAAGGGUGCUAUCAUCGACGCCUUAAAGAGUGAUCCGGACAAAGUUAGGCGCCUCAGUUUGAGUGAGCAAGAACUUGUAAAAGUGGCAGCACGUCAUGGUCCCAACAUCGUUAGCUUCACACAUAGAAAUUUACUGAGAAUAUACCCAAAGGGAACCCGCUUUGAUUCAUCCAACUAUAAUCCAUUUCUUGGCUGGGUGCAUGGUGCUCAAAUGGUGGCAUUCAAUAUGCAGGGAUAUGGAAGAGCCCUCUGGUUAAUGCAUGGUUUUUACAAAGCCAACGGGGGCUGUGGUUAUGUGAAGAAACCAGACUUCUUGAUGCAAACUUGUCCUGAUGGAAAGGUGUUCGAUCCGAAGGCAGAUCUACCAGUGAAGACGACAUUGAAGGUACAUGGCUUGUUUCUCCUCUGUGAAGUUUGGAAAUGGGAUAACUUGGAUACUGGUUUUCAGGUGAAAGUAUACAUGGGUGAAGGUUGGCAGAGGGACUUCAAGCAGACACACUUCGACACGUAUUCCCCUCCAGAUUUCUAUGCAAAGGUUGGCAUCGCCGGAGUCCCAUCGGACUCGGUGAUGAGGAAGACGAAGGCCGUGGAGGACAGCUGGGUCCCGGUCUGGGAGGAGGAGUUCACUUUCCCGCUGACCGUCCCUGAGAUCGCGGUGCUCCGCGUGGAGGUGCACGAGCAAGACGUGAGCGAGGACGACUUCGGCGGGCAGACGGCGCUGCCGGUGAUGGAGCUGCGGCCGGGGAUCCGCGCCGUGCCGCUCUUCGACCACAAGGGUCUCAAGUUCAGGAGCGUCAAGCUCCUCAUGCGCUUCGAGUUCACCUAGCGUCCCGUAGCAGAGAAUGAACAUGCUGCCAUGUGUUGUUGAUCGAUGUUUGCUUGCAUAGGAUCGAUUUUUUUGACGGCCAGGAUCGCAUCUUCGCAAUUGCCACCAUUGCCUGUUCCGUACCGCGCCGUUGCCGCUAGCGCCCUAAGCUUCCGAUGUGGCACAAAUUAACGUGCCGGAUAUCCCUUCAGACUCUGCCUCAUCUGGUAUAAGGAAUCGUGCGGCCAGGAGCUGUAGCAACGGCGCCGAUUGAACCUAAAAUAUUAUGUGAAUAAGAGUGACCUGUAAGCGUGUCGGAGUUCGGACUGUGAGACCUGAACUGACUAGUGACAAGCAGUAAGCAAACAGACGGUGGCCAUGGCGACGGGGGCUGCUGCAACCGCAUCCACGUGGUUCGCCGCCUCCCCUGUCCUGUCUCGCUCUCGCGUCAGGGCGCAGGCGACGUCGCCGUGGGCCGGGGGCGCGGAGGCGCUGGUACAGUCGGGCACGGUGAAGGCCGUGCGGCCGCAGGACGCGGCGGAGGCGCUGGGCGCGGAGGGGUUCCGGCUGCUGGACGUGCAGCCGCCGUGGGAGCGCGCCCGCGCCGGCGUGCGGGGCUCGGCGCACGUGCCGCUGUUCGUGGGGGAUGACGACAUGAGCCCCCGGACGCUGCUCAAGAAGUGGGUCCACUUUGGCUAAAUCGGGCUCUGGACCGGGCAAUCCUUCACCAAGAUGAACGGCCGCUUCCUCGACGACGUUGCCGCCGCCGUGGCCGGCGACGGUAAGGACGCCAAGCUCCUCGUCGCCUGCGGAGAAGGCCUCAGGUCGUUGAUCGCGGUGAGGAUGCUGCACGACGACGGGUACACGAACCUCGCGUGGCUCGCGGGGGGUUUCAGCAAGUGCGUGGACGGGGACUUCUCCGACGUGGAGGGGGAGAGCAAACUGCAGUACUCCACCGUCUGGGGUGUGUCCUACAUCUUCCUCCAGAUCCUGCUGCUGCUGGGAGUGGUCAAGUGAUCCACUGACGGAGCAUCUCGCGCGGCCUUUGAUCUGAUCUGAUUUGCUUUUACUUUGCUAGUAUCAAGCGUCCUUGCAAUCUUGCGUGUGGUGGUAGAUAGCAGCAGCAGAAUCUUACAUUGGCACGACGACUCAUGUGUGCGACACAUACAGCCAUAGAGGCACACACAUUUCUUUCUCAUUCCAUAUAACACCCUACUUUACAACUAAAUAUAUCUUAUUCAAAUAUAAAAAAAUUUGACAGUA